AUGAAGUCAAACUCGCCAAACCUUCUUGUCCUGUUGAGCUUCCUCACUUCGCUUGAGGCUCAAUUCAUCCCGGAAGCUGAUGCACGUCUCCUUGCGUGGCGAGCAUACGGUACUUUCGUCCAGCAACAGUUGACGGCAGGAGUCCCUCUUUCACCUGGAAAGGACUUCAUUUAUGUUACGCCACCUAAUUUGGCUGCCGUUCGAGGAGGAACACCAUGCCCAGACUCAGUCACGAACUUUGAUCUGUUCUCCUUAGCUGAUGGCUUGCAAAACGUCAAUGAGCCAUUGCUCGAUAAUGCUGGGGCUUCAUAUGUCGACAGUUUGUAUACAUAUCUUCAAAGUGUGAACUUGGGGACUGCUCCGCCCACAACCGCGCAACUCACCCAAAUACAGACCUUGACGGACGCUUUGGCAGUUGCUCAGGAUAAAUUCGACACUCAAAGCAAUAUUGCUUACGGAAAGUACUUGGCCGAUGUUCGCGCACAAGCACUCCAUCAAUCAUUCGGCGCUUGGGUCACUGCUAAGGAUCCGCUGUACACCUCAUUACAAAGACAGAGAAACACUGCCAAUACAGCUCUGCAAAACUAUGAAGCUUCAGUUUAUGGUGCUCAAUUCUCCACUCUUUCAUCUCAAAGAGACAAGAUCGUCAACAAUGCUGGCGAGGAGCUUUCUUCAGUACCAGGGUACAACAUGGGGGUUUAUGGUGCGGCAGGCACUUAUAACGUCAAGAUCAGCCCAUUCCAGGCCAAUCAAAUCACUGAUGGACUUAUCUAUAAGCCAGCAUAUUCUUUGUCAGGAGGUUUUGAAGAAGUAUGUGAUGCUUGGAUCAAUUACACCGGCCCGGUGAACACCGUCUACAAUUGGAAUAUGAACAAUGUUAAUGGAAAGGAUUGGUCAAGUCUAGGACAUACAACAUCCGUCUCAAACACCUGUCAUCUACCUUCUAUUCUCCCCGAUCCCCCAAUGUUGAGUCACAAGCCUACAUUGGCGGAUGGGGUGCCCUUUACGCGUGUGACACUUCUCACUCGUCUCCAUGAAGAUCCUGUUGCGACGAGAUUUCAGCCCGUAGCCACGCCUGUCUCUGUUGCUGUCGAGACGGGCGGGGCAUUACUAGCAGAAGCUACGCUGAAACCUCGUCCUGUUGGCAGCGAUUUACUAAGUCAUGUCCAUCCGCGUCAGGUUUUGUUGCCGUCUCCUACGAGAGUCACGGAGCCUACCAAAAUAUGUCAAAGACAGACACAAUCAGAAAACCCAGAUAACGUUGAACUUGGUACUGAUUAUGUCCGUGUAGUUGGAGCAAGCGUCUUCUGGGGCCUCAUCAGCGCCAACAAAGGAAGCACGACCGACACUACUGUCUUCAACCAGUGGACAGAGAGAUUCAGUACCUCGGUCUCGCUCAAGCUCACCAUGAAAGGCCUUCAAGUCUUCAACGUUGGGGCUGGUUUCUGGGAUGUUGGGGGUGUCCGAACCACCUAUCCAAACCUACUUCCACCACCGCUUGGCAAGAAUACUCUGGCAGGAAAAGUCCGUCUUCAACGUCUCCUCAUUGGCACUGAAGUUGGCCUCACUAUCACCGUCAGCGAUACUGGAACCUAUAACAGCAUCUACAGCUUCAUUCAAGAUGCAAAGACCUCCGUCGGUGCUGGUGGCGGCUUCAGCAUCUUUGGUAUCCGUUUCGGAGCUGGUGGUGGUAAGACUACCACAACUCACCGCGAGGUCAAGGAUGUUUCCUUUGUGACUCUGCAAGAAGGUGGACAAGUGAUCAUCGCUCCUUCUCCCAAGGGCGUUCCCGUUCAACUCGGUGCCCUAGGAAAAGCACUUUAG